AUGUUCGAGACUUUGGUUGUGCCAGUGUUGGAAGUCUCUGAGGCAUUCUUGAAAGGUCAUUUCAUUAACGGCCUUAAGCCAGAAAUAAGGGCUGAGAUCAAGGUAUUGCAACCUAGGGGGUUGGAUCGGAUCAUGACGAUGGCUCAAUGUAUCGAGGAUAAAAAUGCAGCCAUGCUCAGCUGCAAUAGGACGUUCGGACCAGCGAGAUGUAAUUUCCCUACCCACUCUACAACCAUUGUCAUUCGACCCCCUCCCAUACAAUCAAGAAGCCCGACUCUUUAUUCGAGAGUUGUUAGUCAGGCGAGCAACAAGCUGUCAGUGGCUGGGAGUGGCAGCAAUGUCCCUUUCAAACGACUCAGUGAGGCCGAGCGGAAAGCCAAAAGGGAGAAGGGUUUAUGUUUUCGUUGUGAUGAGAAAUAUUUGGUUAGCCACCAGUGUAAGAACAAGGAGCUGCACGUUAUGAUGAUUUAUGAUGAAGAGAUGGAAGAGGAAGGAGUCAAGGUGGAAACAAGGGAAGGAAGGGAAGAAGAAGUGGGGCAAGGCAGCGAGGUCAUUGAACUCUCAAUGAAUUCAGUGGUUGGAUUGACAACACCGCAAACAAUGAAGUUGCAAGGGGAUAUUGAAGGGCAGCCAGUGGUAGUACUUAUUGAUGGAGGGGCGACACACAAUUUUAUAGCAGCUGAGCUAGUGCAGCGGUUGAGACUGCCAAGAAUAGAAACGACCGAGUGUGGGGUGAUUAUGGGGACAGGAAUGGCGGUGCAAGGGGCUGACAUUUGCAAGGGGGUGAAAUUGCACCUACAAAACCUACAAAUCGUGGAGAAUUUUCUGCCCCUGGAAUUGGGUAGUUUUGAUGUAAUCCUUGGGAUGAAGUGGCUGGCAGCAAUGGGGAAGAUGAGAGUGGAUUGGAAGGCUUUAACUAUGAAGUUUCAGGUUGGGGGAUUGGCCGUGACCUUGCAAGGAGAUCCCAGCUUGAGCAAAAGCUUGGUAUCCUUGAAGGCUAUGAUGAAGGCCUUCAAGGAGAAUGGAGAAGAAAUGUUGUUUGAACUAGGAAUGAUGGCAGUUGAAUUCAAUGAAAGUCAGGUAGAGGUUCUGUCGUUCCUAAAAGAGGUGUUAGCUGAGUUUGAGGAGGUGUUCACAACACUGGAGGGGCUGCCUCCUUCCAGAAAAAAAGAUCAUGCAAUCAACCUACUUCCAAGCACGGUACAGGUCAGUGUGCGACCCUAUCGUUACCCUUACCUACAGAAAAACGAGAUCGAGAAGAUGGUAGGAGAGAUGCUAGCUGCGGGGAUUAUAUAA